AUGACAUCAUUCCUCACACGCUACUCGUGGUUGAAUGUUGCGCUGCCUUGGCUCACCACAGAACGCUCGCAGUCGCCACCAUCGCCACCGUCACCGCCCUCUCCGUCCCACGAUGAGGCCUCCUCCGCAUCCCACGAUGGCCGCUGGGCAAACAUGCGCGCGCGGUUCAGCCCGUGGAACCGGCUGCUGUUUGCACUUGGUCGACAGCCCGCCGUGCGCCCGCAGGAGUCGCUCGAGGACGACGAGUACGAGUAUGGAGAUGACUAUGACGAUGAGGACGGCGAUGAGGAGAGUGGAGGCGACUCCCAAGGCGGCGACAGUGCCGGGAGCGAUGGUGCACUUGGCACGAGCUACGGCAACGACGUGCAGCUGUGCCCGCACACGCAGCAGCACACCGUGGAUCUGUGCGCACUCCCACCAGCUAACGGCACCACCACCACCACCACCACCACCAGCAGCGGCAGUGCUAAUGGCAAUGGCAAUGGAGGUGUGGAGGACCACCAAGCCCAUGCACUGCAUGCACAUGCACGAGGCAGCGUCGAGUUUGUGGGGCACCAGGGCAGCAGGCGCAAGUGA